ACAGAGCCCUGGGCUCAGUCCUCCCACGUGGUAUGGCAGCCAGGACCAUGGCCGGCUUCCGCCCCUCUGGCGUCACUUAAGCCAAUCUCCAUGGUCAAAAGGUGCACCACAGUUUAACCCCCUUCCCUGAUGGACACAAGAGCCCCCAAGAAGUCCCACCAGCGUAAGAAGAAUAGGACCAAAGUCCAGGAGAAAUUUGCCAGUAAGAUCUCAUACAGGUUCUCUUGGCUGACGGAGAGCACCACGGAGUUCCUGAAGCCCUGGGAGACACUGAGCAACUCACUGCGGGAGCAGCUGCCCCUGCAGAAGAGCUUGGUGCCAACACGGUCCAUCCCAGUCAGAGGGCUUGGGGCCCCAGAUUUUUCAUCAGUGUCCAGGCUCUACCCAUCACCGCCAUCUUCAGCCCCAGUGAGGCUUUGGGAACUCCAGCUCCUGAACCGCCGCUUUCCAAGGCCGGAAGGCAGCCCCGGCCACCCCUUCACAGGCCUCUCCUGAAGCCCACGUCUGUGCCACCUUGCCCCUGGCGCCCCAGGGAGAAGAGUGCUCCCUUCUGGGUGGCAGGGGGUGGGAGUGAAGGGAUGAGUGGCCAGGGCAAGUGAAUAAACUUUGCAAGUUCAAAUCCCGCUUCCACUAGGACUGGUCCCUUGCCUUUGAGGUCCUCCUGUAUAAAAUGGGGUAAGCAUGUUUAAUCUCGCCAGGCCGUGCGAGCAUUAUAAAUGCCUUCCCAAGAAUGUACCCCAAAGAUGGACUCAAACAUGGAAGAGAAGAUAUUUGCACAACAAUAGUCCUUCCAGUCCUUAGCAAAUAGCAAAAGAUUGGAGACCACCCCCAAAGCCACUACACAGGGGGGCUGAUAAAUUACAGCCCAGUUGCACCGUGGAAUCCUGGGCAGUCCCUCUAAUGAUGAAGCAGCUUUUACGUACUGCCUGGAUGACAAUGCCACAGAGUAAAACAGAAUAAUAAACCAGAACAAAAGCCAAACACCAUAACUACAAAAGCCUGGAAACAUUUUCCUGACGAUGAAAGGCAAAAAAAGCAAAAGUGUUGAAAUGGAUUUUAAACAAGUCUGUGUCAUCGAGUCCCCGCGCCUCCUGGGAGGGCACCAACCUCCACAACCCCAUCCUGAGCUACUGAAAACUGGGAAAUAAAAGACAA